CGGGCGGAGGAGUUGAACCGGCAGCUUCUCGACAGGGAGCGCGAGCUGGAGGAGGUGCGCAAUGCACAUGAGGAAGUGAAGACACGAUCUCUCAACGAGCUGAACGAUCAGGCGGAGGAGCUGAACCGGCAGCUGGAGGAGCUGCGGGCGGAGAAUGAGCAGCUGCGCGCCGGGGACGAGGAGAAGGUUCGCGAGCUCAACGAGCUGAACGACCAGGUGGAAUUUAUGAAGUGCCAACUGGAGCAGCUGAGGGCAGAGAAUGAGCAGCUUCUUUCACAGUUGACUGCUGCUGAACCUAGUGUUCGUUUAGGGGAUAUUGUUCGUACGAGGCAUCGUUGUUCUUUGAGUUUGUUCGGCUUGGGUGAUGCGCUCGUGGGGAAUUUAGAAGUACUGCGGAGUGCUGUAACGAUGGAUGUGGCGAGUGCAGUUGGUGUGGGUGUUGAGGAUGUGGACGGUGUUGAAUUUGGUGCAAAUGCUUCUUUUUGUGAGGUGGGCGUUUCUCAUGAUGUUUGUUUGUCGGAGGAGGAGAUCGAUCGGCGCCUGAGUCGUUGCCCGUUUAUGUCUGUAAGGCGUUUGAUUUCCCCUUCUGUGGCAGCGGAGGAUGCGCUGGAGCGGGCGCACGCCAUGGUGGAUGUGUUGAGUAAGCUUGAGGCAUGUGGUGUUGAUCCGUUGUUAAAUGUAGUGGUGGAGGAGUAUAUGUCCCGUCUUGUGCUUGAGCAGUCCGCGAUGGCGUUGCGGCUUGAGAGGGCGUUGGAGGGCUUUAGGUUUUUGGGUACCGCCCAUCAACGGCGCGAAUUAGAUCUCCUGGAAGAGCUGGAUGAGCGGGCUACUGAGUACACGGACAUGCUGGAGAAGACGGAGGAGAUGAUGCAGAUGUUGGAGGAGGCGCGACAGGCAGAGUGCAGUGCCCGGAAUGACCUCUACAAGCGCGAAGAGGCGCUGUUGGAGUUGGAGCGACGUCGAGAUGUUGAGGUGCGUGACCUCGAAAGCAUGACACACGCCCAUCGCAACUUGCUGCAGUCGGUGCGUUACUCGCAGGAGAUGCUGUCGAACAACCAGGUGGCGGGGCUGUUACGUGAGGCAGAGCGUGUGUCGGAUCUUCAACGGCAAACUGCACUUCUAGAGCAAGAGAACGGCGCGCUGCGGCAGGAGAUGGCGCAGCGCGCGGUGGCGCAUCGGGAGGCGAUGGAGGUGCUGAACAACAAGGUCGCCACACUCAUGGAGGAGCUCGAGGUGAAGGGGACGGAGUACACCGAAACACUCGGGAAGCUGGAGGAGUUUGUCGGUUUGCUGGAGGCGUCGCGUGCUGCCGAGAAGGCGGCGUUGAUGACGUUGGAGAGGCGGGAGCAGGAGCUGUUUGAGUUGCAGGCUGCACAUGAUGAGGAGAUGAGGGAACUGGAGGGCGCCAUGAGGCAGCUCGAUCUCCUUUCUUUGCCCCUGCAGGAGGGUUAUGGCGAUGCUCGCGCGGCGGAAGCGCCCCCAGGCACCACCCCGGAUAGCGGCGACGCAGGUGUUGUGCGUUCGAUGCGACAGCAGUUGGAGCGACUAAAGCGCGAAAAGGAGGCGCUCGCCAUGGAGCUUGAAGUGAAGGGGCGGCAGCACGACGACGCGAUGGAUGUGCUCAACCGGAAUAUUGGGGAUUUGAUGGGUGAGCUGGACUCCCGCAUACGUGGAUGUCAGGUGUCGGCGACGAGCGCGAAGGAACUGCUGCGCGACAUUGCAAUGCUGCGCUCCGCCGAGGAGGAAGAUGAUGAGUCCAACGAGGGCGAGUAG